ACCGUCAGACGUCAGUCAUAUAACGUGCCCGUGGUGUAGUUUUGUUUAGUCAAAAUUGUUUCAUACUCGAAUUUAUUAUUUCAGAAUAAGAAGUGCAGCUAUGAUAUAGUUGAUUUUUUUAAUUUAUAUGAAUAAGCCUUGAUUUCUACGUCCAAGAUGUUCAAUUCAUUUAUUCGUGGUAUUUUGAGUAUCGAAGAUCCGCCAACUAAAGUAAUAGAAGUUCGUUCAGAUAAUUAUUUAUCUCGACCUAUACAUUAUAGAGAUGAUUCUAUGUUACUUUAUGGACCAGUAUCAUCCAGUGAUAAAAAAAACGCAAAGGACAAGUACUAUGAAAUAGUUCUGCACAAACCGUUUACAGAGAGCUUAAAUCAUAUGUAUAGUUUAUUACGUUCUGAGAGUCUUGAGAAAUGUGAGGAAAGUUUUAUUGUCUUCAAAGAGAGAGUUCCUCUUUAUGUGAAAAUAACCAAAGAUUGUACAGUAGCGAGUCUACAGAGAAUUUGUGACACAUUGACCGAGAACAAAUCAUGGUCAUUGGCUCAUUUGGCAGCUCAUUUUGGCCAGUACGAAUUAUUUAACGUACCAGAAAUUCAGAGACAGAUAAAUGAAGCUGACGUUGUUACGGGUAUUACUCCACUAAUGAUAGCAAUAAAAAAUGUCAAUGUGCGGAUGGUGCAAAGUCUAGUCUCAUUAAACUGUUCCUUAGAUGUAGUUGAUAAUGAUGGGAACACUAUAUUCCAUUAUGCCGCUGCUAGUAACAAAGAAAUCAUCAAUAUCCUAUUAGGCAAGAACACAACAUCUUUAAAUAAGUAUAAUAAACAAGGCUACACUCCAAUACAUAUGGCAUGUCUUGCAAACUCACCGGACUGUGUUCGAACUUUAAUAGUCGCUGGAGCUGAUGUCAACCUGUCAGCUUCUCCAGGAAGUACCAGUUCUGCUAGUACUAGUACUGUACCGGGUAUAGUUGGCGAUGUUCUGCAAGAAAAUCAGUCAAAACUGUUCCAUCAAGAUAUGAAACGUGGCGGCACUCCAUUGCAUUGGGCUAUAUCCAGGGAAGUGUUGGAGGCUCUAGUUGAUAAAAACUGUGACAUACAUGCUAAAAACUUUGAUGGACAAACUGCUUUACAUAUGAUGGUGUUACGGGGCAGAUUGGAAUGCGCCAUUGCUUUGUUAUCGAGGGGGGCAGAACAUUCCACAGGAGACAAUGACGGAAAUACUCCCUUACAUUUAGCAGUGAAACAAAAGAAUAUAACAAUAGUUCAAGCUUUAAUAGUAUUUGGAGCGGAUUUAGAGGCAAAGAAUAAAGCAGGAUAUACUGCAAGGCAUGUCGUGCCGACCGAAAUGACGAAUAGCGAUUAUGACAAGAUAUUAUAUGUUUUGCAUGCUGUCGGAGCGCAAAGGUGCUCGGAGGGCACGGCCGGCUGCGGCGCGGGCUGCGCGGCGCGCGGCGAGUACAACGGCGUGCCGCCGCCCGCCGUGGCCGCGGCCGCCGCGCGCGCGCACGUGGCCGACAUGCUGGCCGCCGCCGCCAUGGACCGCGCCGCCAGCCACGGGCCGCGCGAGCACCAGGGCCGAUUACUUUGCCUAGACGGCGGAGGUAUAAGAGGUCUAGUGUUGGUGCAAAUUUUGCUAAAUCUUGAAGCUAUUGUCGGUAAACCGAUCAUACAUUGCUUUGAUUGGGUAGCUGGCACCAGUACAGGGGGGAUACUGGCAUUGGCCUUGGCAUCUGGCAAAAGUCUCAGAGAGUGUCAAAGGCUGUACUUUAGGAUGAAAGAACAGGCCUUUGUGGGUAUUCGGCCGUAUCCGUCUGAACCGUUGGAGAACAUCCUUAAGGAAUGCUUAGGUACCGAAACAGUAAUGGCUGAUAUCGAACAUCCGAAACUGAUGAUACUGGCUGUGUUAGCCGAUAGGAAACCUCUAGAUUUACAUAUGUUUAGAAAUUACCAAUCCCCUCAAGAGAUUCUUAGCGAAUACAACGGAACAUUUAGCCCGCAGGCGGCGUCCGGCGACGGCGCCGCGGUGCUGCCGCUGUCGCCGCCGCCGCCGCCCGCGCAGCAGCUCGUGUGGCAGGCCGCGCGCGCCACCGGCGCCGCGCCCUCCUACUUCCGCGCCUCGGGCAGAUUUCUAGAUGGGGGUCUUAUCGGCAACAAUCCGACACUUGAUGCUUUGACUGAACUAACUGAACUGGGCAGCGCUUUCGAAGCAACGGGUCAACACGAAAAAGCUAAGAUAGCACGUUUAAAACUUGUUGUUUCUUGUGGAACGGGUUUGAUUCCCGUCACCAAGUUAAAAGAUAUCGAUAUUUAUAAGCCAGGAGGAUUAUUGGAUACGGCAUGGUUAGCUUAUAAAUUAUCAGAAAUGGGCGGCUUGUUAGUCGAUCAGGCGACGCAGUCGGACGGGCGCGUGGUGGAGCGCGCGCGCGCGUGGUGCGCGGCGCUGGGCGCGCCCUACUACCGGUUCGCGCCGCAGCUGUCGCAGGACGUGGCCAUGAACGAGCGCGGCGACGAGCGCCUCGUGCUCAUGCUGUGGGAGACGCAGGCCUACAUGCGCGCGCACCGCGACCGCCUCGCCGAGCUCGCCGCCGUGCUGCGCGCACGCGACAGAUGAAUUACCAAAGAGUACACAUGACACGCACAUUAUCUAUUUGCUAUAUGCUUUGCUAGUAUUUAUAGCGAGCUGUGAGCUCUAUUUAUUUUCCACAACUUCAGGGUAUUUAUUUUAUUCAAAUUUUACAUAAUAAUUUAGUUAAAUAUUAUCUAAUAGUGAACUAGUAAGAAAUGUGUGGUAGAGAAUGAAGUGGUGAGAAAACAUAAUUUAUUUAAUUUUUUUAAGUACUGUAAUAAGAUGAACUAGAAAAAUUAUAUGAAAUAGUUUUAUUUCUAAAUGUAUAUGUGUAAUGUGCAUUCUAUCUUUUUUUUUAUACAAACAUGUUAUCUGAAUAUUAAUUUUAUGUAACGUUAUUAGCAAAAACCUUUUGUUAUAAUGAAAGCUUUCAUUGUUAUUAUUUAUUAUCAUUGUAAUACGUAAUACUCAUUGCUUAAAUGUUAACUCAAAAUAUAUGGGCGCAAAUUUGUCUUCACGUAUUACUUUCUGCCUGUGAUAUUUGAAAACUCAGUAAAAUGAAAUAAAUGUUGAGAAGGUAAAA